UGUGCAGCUUGUUUAAGAUAUUGUUUACUGUUUUUGAGAAACGCAUCAGGUGCAAUGAAAACAUUUUUUCCUAAUAAAUGAAGUAUAAAUAACGGAUGAUUCGAUUCCAUUGACUUAUUCUCGUAAUACAUUAAAUCAAGUGAAUUCCACAACAUUAGAGAAAAUGAACUGCUUCUCAGUGAUGAUAUUGAUCAUGGUUUUUCUUCAAUGUUAUGCCGAAAGAGAAAUGGUACCCCAAGAACCUGUUGAUGACUGCGGACCUCAAGGUGGUUGCAGGUUCACACACAGCUCAGUGGAACUCCUAGAACCUGUUGAUGACUGUGGACCUCAUGGUGGUUGCGGGUUCAAAUACAACCCAGUGGUACCCCAAGAACCUGUUGAUGACUGCGGACCUUAUGGUUGUGGGCUCAAAUCCAACCCAGUGGUACCCCUAGAUGAUGAGGACUGCAGAUCCGAUGGUUGCCGGUUCAAAUCCCCCGCAGCUGACCAAUAAGAUAUGAGUUUUCAGCCACAUAAAAUUUUUACGAGAAGGAACAAGGUGUAAUUCCUCCUGUGUUGAAAUUCCAACAAAUGAUUAUUGCAUGAACUGUUGGAAAGCUGGUUAAUUCAUACUAAUGUAUUGGUGAUAAUAUUCAACAAAAUAUAUCUGGUGUCAAUGAUGCUAUUUAUAAACAUUGAUAUUAAGGAAUCUAAUAAAAAUUUAUGUUAAAUUAAA